ACUGUUAAUUCGAUUACAAAAAACGUAGCAUGCAUUUAACAAAAGAAAACUAGACACCUGCUGACUGCUGGGCUCCUACAAACAUCUUGGGUCUCCGGCAACGGGAAGAUGCCGGAAUUCAAUUUAUUGAAUUUGUUCAUCUUCCAUCUUAUCUUCAUUCAUAUUUCUUUCACCGCAUUAGCAAUAAGGAGGGAUAUAGGUCUUCAAGUUCAUGCAUGCAGGAAUACAGUUCAAGGAAGAUAUUUGUUAGCUGAUGACAAAGGCUAUGUCUGUGAUGCUCUAUCAGUGGAUCCGGAGUCACGCUGUUGCUUCCAGAAAGGAGAACAAUACUCUUGUCAGGGAUGCAACCUGAUUUCACAAUGCUGCAACUCGUAUGAACUAUGUGUUUCAUGCUGCCUGAAUCCAUUGCAGACUCAAAAAGAGUUGGCAGUAAAAGUGAAGAUAUCCAAGGCAGAAACUGCAGGUACUUACAAUUCUGUUUUUGAUUUCUGUACUGGGAGGUGCCGUCACAAUUCUGAGAGUGUGGUUCAUGAAAAUGCUUAUCUGAGUGAUUUCCACCACUGCUUUUCUUUGCCAACAAAUUCCUCAGCAGGAUCCUCUGAUACACUGAUGGAAUCAAGAUUGGCUGGAAUCAGUGUUGUUCUUGGAAGGCAGGGUGAAUCAUGCAACUCUGUUUGUAAGUUGAGUGGGCAGUCGUGUGUUCCUAGCAGGCUGUCAGUGCUCAACGAGUGUAAAAUUAUGCAGAGAUACAUGAACUGCAAAAGAGGGUGUAUAGCUAGCAUGGGCCCAGAUCAGCCAGCAGAAGUUGUCGAUGGUGCACCUAAGCAUCUGUAUCCAGGAGCAUGCUUAUACUCAAAAUCACAGACGGCAUUCAAUUGUGAUGGUUUGCAUCAGCAUACAAGAAGGCUUUGCCCCUGUGCAUAGUUUACUUAUUUAACUCUAUGUUCUGUACUCUGGGUAUCAUAAAUAUGGUGAGGAAUGAGAAUGGCGUCUUGAAACUGGUCGGAAUGGUUUUUGACUUUAAGGUUCCACAAGUGGCUUAUUGGAUUUGUGGCAUUAGGAGGGUUUGUGCUUACUAUUUCAUGUCUUGUUUUUAUAUCUAAACUUCAAUUACUCAGUGAAAACAUCCAAAACGAAGUGCAGAUAGCAUGGGGGGUGGGUUUCCAAAUGUAUAUAAAUCAGGAUUUAGGCUAUGGAAAUAUGGCUGCAGAAUGAUUUAGUGAUAUCUAAGGAAGUGUCAGUUCUUUA